UGGCCAAUGACGCAUUGUCUGCUUUGAAAUUUUGCUCACUUUUCGUAACCUACAAAUUUUUCGUUUGAAAAAUUGAAAAAAAAAAUCUUAGCAGAUUUCUAUGCCCUUACUUCAAGAUUACUAUCAAACAAACUACACAAGAUGCUCCAAAUGCGAACGAUUCAUGUGCUCAUGGCAAGGAGUUGCAUACACUUUUCACUCAAUAACAGUAUUCUCGAUACCAUUUUAUAUAUUCGGUGGUUACUGUAUUUUGUUCAAAUCCACUAGUCAAAUGGGUUCAUAUCGACUGCCGUUGUUCAAUUUUCAUUUUUGGACUUGCCUAGUUGACAUUAUGAUAAAUGCUCUCGCGACGCCGUAUUUCUUUUUCCCAUCACUUGCUGGAUUUUCAGUUGGAUUUUUGAAUUUUCUAGGUGUGCCUCCUCCGAUACAGACUUGGUUAGCGUUUCAGAGUAUUAACUUAAUGACAAUGUCAAUGACAGUUCUACUUGAAAAUCGCCACAACUCAAUUCCAUUCAAUCGAUUCAAAAUCUCCGGGAAAAAUACGAAAUCGUUAUAUUAUGCAAUUCGUAUUCUACUUGGUCUAUCCUAUACUCUAUCCAUGCUUCUUUUUAUUCCAGAAGACCAAGAAGCUGCUCUUCUUCAAAUACUGCGCCAAAUUCUAUGUCCGACGAAAGAGUUUUUCACGGCUUCUGGGGUAUAUGUAGUGUGUAUUGAUGAGGGUUAUAUCAAGUUUUUGGCACUUUUCACUGUAUUGGGAACUUUAUCGGAAAUUUGCCAAAUGGCAUUUUUUGUCUUGUGCUGCUCAUAUUAUCUAUUUUUUUCAAAAAGUUCAUUCACUUCAAAGAAGACUAGAAAACUUCAAAUCGCGUUUUUUGCAAGUAUCAUUUUACAAAUUUCUAUUCCAAUUACUUUUCUGUUGCCCACUUUUUUCUACUUGGGAUUUUCAGUGGGUUUCAAAUAUUACAAUCAAGCCCUUACCAAUUUGUCAGUUCUUCAUGCAUCCCUCCAUGGUUUGAUAUCCACUUUUGUAGUUUUAAUCAUCCAUAAACCAUACCGGCAAUUUAUUAUCUUAAUCUUCAAGUCGCCAAGUGUAGUUCACAAGGAAUCGGUGACAACUAUGAGGAAAAUGAACGGGCUGACAAGCCGUGUUACCAUGAAUAAGUUAUUGAAUACGUUACGGUGAACACUUUUAAAUAAAACCUAU